CAGCCGGACGAGCCGGAAGUCGCUCCGUCUCCUCGCUCCUCGGGCGGAAACCCAGCCCCGGCAGAGAGGUUCCGGGGCUAGGCUGGGCUAGCGGCGGCGGAAUGGACGCCGGCAGCGAGGCCGGGGAGCCGGGCCGCCGCCCGACGCUGGCCGCCUCCUGGGAUGCCGCCGGCGGAGUCCUGACCCAGAGCCUCGUCCUCGUGCGGGCUGGUGUGGGCGCCCGGGACCCGGACUGGGAGGAGCUGCUGGCGCCGCCGGCUCCGGGCCAGGGCCUGGUGCGUUUGGAGAGGAGCCCGGGCAGCCAGGACGAGGCCGCCUGCUUCCUGUACCUGCUGUGUGACCCCGAGGCCGGGGACGCCGUGGCAGCUGUCGGCGUCCUGAGUUCAGCGAGAAACAUGGAGGUGUACCUGGGCCAGGAGUACUGUGGAACCAGUAGGGGCGAGAGCGUCGGUGCCGUCCCGAGGGGCAGCGAACAAGAAAUUGUUUUCUACAAAAAAUAUUUAAAAUUGGAAUCGUCGGCUCGAGCUUGUAAAAUAAAGUUGCUGUCGUUGGGUGAGAAGCAGUGUGUGUUCCUCAGUAGAGUUGUGGUGCACGUGAGGUCGGUUCCGGCAAAUUCCUCAACACGCUCUCCUGCUCUAGGGUCCAGGAUAGACCUGGACAAGGUCCAAACCAUGAUGCAGUCCAUGGGGUCCAAGUUAUCGCCUGGUGCCCAGCAGCUGAUGAAUAUGGUUCGGUUCCAGCAGCAGAACCGGAUUCCCGUCGGGGAGCAGCUGCAGGUGGUCCUGGGGAGCCCUGGGUACCAGCACCUGGGUGCGCUGCAGUCUCCAGCGGCCGCAGGAGCCCCCGCCAAGUCGGCCUGCACACCUGUGCCGGUGGGGACUGCACUGGCGCCCGGCGACGCCACGGAAAGCACACAGGUGCACGGUGGAGAAAACACCGCAGCCCUGGACAGGUGCGGAACGGAGCCCCAGACCCGCCCCGCCCUCGCAAGUGAGCUGAGAACUGCGGUGUCGGAGAAAGCGGGCGAGGAGCCCGGCGUGCUGCCCUUCCUGCAGACCCUGUGUGGCCAGCUCAGCCGUGUCCGCGUGGCCGGAGCCACCGAGCGCCGGGAGGGCCGAGCGCCACUCGCGUCGUUCCUUCUCGCUCCAGACGUGGGAAGACAGCAGUAACUCUCGGUGGUGGGUGGGCAGCAGUGAUGUGGUUGUCAUGCAGAUGGCAACAAAGAAGAAGAAAAAGAAAGCUUAACUGGGAUUUAAAAACCACUGAGGACUCCUGGCCCAGCCAACGUGGACUAUCCCCGUUCCUCGAGGUCUUCCUUAUACGGUAAAAAUCCCCAAACACAGCAAACUGCAAAGACUCUGAAAGGGAGAAUGAAGAAUCAGACAGCUUACGGGUCAUGGGAUUUGAAGCACAACAGAGUGGUGUUUGGCCUUCCGUGUACAGAGGAGUCAGCGCUGCAACCUGGGACAAGCAGUGGGCACAGAACGUAAAAGCCUGAACAAGUCCCAUUCCUUCUAGCCCGAGAUGUGGAAAAGGGAGUCCUGAGGAAGCGAGCCUUUCAGCAGCACCUGCUGAGUGACACAGGCCUGCGACCUCGCCCUCUCCCUGCUGGGUGGGAAAAGGCGGCGGUGCCUUGGUCAGCACGCUGGAUGGGGAGGUGCUGUUCCAUGUCGGCCACACUCUGGUUCCGCUGUGGGAGUGGUGUGAACAGAGCCGGGAAGCUGACCAUCCACCCCUGCUCACCUGAAGCACGCGGGAGUGGUGUGGACAGAGCCGGGAAGCUGACCAUCCACCCCUGCUCACCUGAAGCAUGUGGGAGUGCUGUGGACAGAGCCGGGAAGCUGACCGUCCGCCCCUGCUCACCUGAAGCGCGCAGGAGUGGUGUGGACAGAGCCAGGAAGCUGACCAUCCACCCCUGCUCGCCUGAAGCACGUGGGAGUGCUGUGGACAGAGCCGGGAAGCUGACCGUCCGCCCCUGCUUGCCUGAAGCACGCGGGAGUGGUGUGGACAGAGCCAGGAAGCUGACCAUCCACCGCUGCUCACCUGAAGCAUGUGGGAGUGCUGUGGACAGAGCCGGGAAGCUGACCGUCCGCCCCUGCUCGCCUGAAGCACGCGAGAGUGGUGUGGACAGAGCCAGGAAGCUGACCAUCCACCGCUGCUCACCUGAAGCAUGUGGGAGUGCUGUGGACAGAGCCGGGAAGCUGAUCGUCCGCCCCUGCUCGCCUGAAGCACGCGGGAGUGGUGUGGACAGAGCCAGGAAGCUGACCAUCCACUGCUGCUCACCUGAAGCACGCGGGAGUGGUGUGGACAGAGCCAGGAAGCUGACCAUCCACCCCUGCUCACCUGAAGCAUGUGGGAGUGCUGUGGACAGAGCCGGGAAGCUGACCGUCCGCCCCUGCUCACCUGAAGCACGCGGGAGUGGUGUGGACAGAGCCAGGAAGCUGACCGUCCACCCCUGCUCGCCUGAAGCACGCGGGAGUGGUGUGGACAGAGCCAGGAAGCUGACCGUCCGCCCCUGCUCGCCUGAAGCACGCGGGAGUGGUGUGGACAGAGCCAGGAAGCUGACCGUCCGCCCCUGCUCGCCUGAAGCACGCGGGAGUGGUGUGGACAGAGCCAGGAAGCUGACCGUCCGCCCCUGCUCGCCUGAAGCACGUGGGAGUGCUGUGGACAGAGCCGGGAAGCUGGCUGUCCGCCCCUGCUUGCCUGCACGUGGUGCUUGGGUUCUGAGUGGCGGAUGUCACCCUUGCAGGGGAGGACAGCAGGCCUUUAAUUCUGGGCCAAUAUCAGAGGGAGAGGAGGCGGUGUGUGGGGCUGCAAGGCUACUCGAAGCAGCCUUUUCCCAAAACUGAUGAAAGGUUCAAGAAGCGGAAUGAACUCUACUCAGGGUGAAUCCAGAGCAAUCUGUGCAGAACACGUGAUAUCCUGCCGAGAACUGAAGACUAAAAAGUCCUCCCAGAAACAUGGGAAUGCUUAAAGCUGACUUCUCAUCUGAAGUGGAUCCCAGGGAGAAGAGACACCUUUUCUAAGUACUGAAAGAAAAAGCUCAGUCGCAAAUUCUAUACCCAGCAAAGAUAUACUUUAGGAAUGAAAUAGACAUCCUGGCAUGAAUGAAAACUAAGAUUAUAAUUGUUUACCGCUGAAGGGUGGAGCCACAGUCAGAUCCCAUCGCUAGGGCGUUGUGGCACUGUGUGAGCGUCUCCGAGCACACCUGCACGGUGCUGUUGACACCCUGAGCAGAGCUGCACAGUCCUGGGUGGUAAAGGUAGUCGUGGAACAUGGCCUCUUGGUGCACCAAGAGAUGCAGUAAGCACAGGAUAUUUGAGGCCAAUGCCAAUGUAAUGCGGCAUACUAUUUUACAAUAAAAAUUUUUAAUAAGUAAAAUGAAUACACAGAAAUAACAGAA